AUGAUCACCCUGGACGACGACGCACAACGGCUGCCGCGAAACCCUUGCCGGCGGCUCAGGCGUGCGCUCAUCACAGCCCUCUCCGAUCCGCAGCCUCUGCCGCCGCGGAGGCGGCCGACGUCACGUCUCUCGGAGCCCAAGGCCGAUCGUUGCGAGUCGGACGUGCUUCGUGACUCUCGCGUGAGCGCCCGCAAGGCGACGUACCUCGUCCUGAGCGGCGCCAACACCGCGGCCCGCCGCUUCGAGACCUUCCUCAUAGCUCUCGUCAUCACCAACGUCGUGCUGGUCAUCAUCGACUCGGAUCCGUACGUCGGUACGGGGCAGGGCACGGCCUUCCGCGUCGGCUACAUGGCCUUCGAGCUCUUCUCCCUCCUCGUCUUCAUCGCCGAGUACGCGGCACGCCUCUGGUCCUGCGUCGAGUCGCCGGGAGGACCCGUCGCCUGCUGCGGCUGGAACGCUCGCCUGCGCUGGCGGCUCGCGUACGCGUCGACGCCGCUCGCGAUCAUCGACCUCGCAUCGAUCCCGCCUUUCGCCUUUGACUUGAUCUUUGAGAAGGACGACCGGAUGCGCGGCAUCUCUCUCAUCCGCACUCUCCGCAUCAUCUCGCUCCUCCGCCUCGAGCGCUCCUUCCGCUCCUUCGCUCGCGUUCUCACAGUGCUCGGCAACCAGCGCUCGGAGCUCGGCGUCGCCGCCUUCGUCGCCGCCAUCCUGCUCCUGAUGUCGGCGGCAACCAUCUACUACCUCGAGAACCCCGCACAGCCCGAACACUUCCGCUCCAUCUUCUCGUCGAUGUGGUGGGCCGUCACCGCACUCACCACGGUUGGGUACGGCGACGUGUACCCGGUCACCACCGCGGGAAAGAUGUUCGGAUCCGUGGUGGCAUUCCUCGGCGUCGGCUUCUUCGCGCUCCCCGCGGGCACCGUCUCGGAUCUCGGCGCAUCUCGGAUCUCGGCGCAUCUCGGCGCAUCCACUCUCGGGUACUCUCGGGAGGAGGAGGAGGAGGACGGCUCGUCGCGUGAUGAGCUCGAGACGAUCCAGGCGGCGCUGCGGGCGCUGAGGCGAGAGCAGCACGCGCUCGCAGCGGCGCUGCUGGAGGAGCGCGCGUCGCUCCUCCAGCAGCAGCACAGGCAGCGGUCGAGCGGCAGCGGGUGGUGGGACCAGGCAGCGGCCGCCGGCGAGAGCGUGCCGGCGGGAGAGCCUCCUAGGUACGAAGCUCGUUCGCUCUGA